AUGAAGUUCUCUACACCAGCCCUUCUUCUUGCUUCCAUUCCAAUCGCCUUUGCUAGCCCUGGCAGCUAUGGAUAUGGAUACGGAUGUGACUGUGAGAAGGUUGCUACUGUAACCGCUACAUCAACAUGUACGGUGACGAAGUCAUUUCACGACCCUCCGGCCACCAAGACCGUCAAAGUCACUGUACCCAUCUACAAAGCCCCAGCCACCAAGACUGUCACCAGGGUUAUUACCUCAGUCGCGGAUCCUCCCGCCGCCAAGACUGUCAAAGUCACGGCUACCAUCUACAGCCCCCCAGUCACUAAGACUGUUACCAAAGUUGCCACCGUCACAGAGCCCAUGUACAAGGCCCCAAUCACCAAGACUGUCACUAAAGCUAUCACCACAUAUGGUUGGAAGCCUACUGUCACCAAGUACCACAACGAGCCAGCAUACACCAUGUACAAGACUCAGACUGUCACGGAAUCUAUCACCAAGCCCUGCGCUGAUUACGGAAAGCCUCAGUACAACAUUGGCGUUUAUGACAACUCAGGAUAUGGCAACUCUGGAAGCGGAGACUACUAUGCCUGA